AUGUCGAAGAUAGAGAAGCUCUCCAUCCUGGGAGUGCGCUCCUUCGACAAUGUCCGCUCCGAAACCAUCCAACUAUCGACACCUCUUACGCUCAUCGUCGGGCUAAAUGGAUCAGGAAAGACUACCAUCAUUGAGUGCCUCAAGUUUGCGACCACAGGAGAUAUGCCACCCAACACAAAGGUCGGAGGUGCCUUCAUCCAUGAUCCCAAGCUGUGUGGCGAGAAGGAGGUUCUGGCCCAGGUCAAAGUCUCCUUCAAAUCUACAGAAGGCCACCACAUGGUCUGCACCCGGAAUCUGCAACUUACGGUGAAGAAGCAAGCUAGAAGCAUGAAGAUGCUCGAAGGUGCUCUCAACAUUGUUCGCAACGGGGAGCGUGUUUCCAUGAGCUCCCGUGUUGCGGAGAUGAACACCAUGGUACCCCGAUACCUUGGAGUCUCGAAGGCUGUUCUGGACAGCGUCAUCUUCUGCCAUCAAGAGGAAUCGCUCUGGCCCCUUUCGGAACCGGCCAAGCUGAAGCAGCGAUUUGACGAAAUCUUUGAGGCUCUGAAGUACACCAAGGCCAUCGACACCAUCAAAGUGCUGGCCAAGCAACGCCGGGAGCAACUGGCUGUUCUCAAGGUUGAGGAGCAGCAUUGCCGGGCACUCAAGAACAAGGGCGAAGAGAAGCAGAAGCAAAUGUCGAAACUUGAUGAUGAAAUCACGUCACUGCGUGCGCAGAGCGAUGAGAAGAGUGCUCUCAUCGAGGAAGCAGCGAGCAACGCCGAAGCGGCAUGGAAGCAAGGCCAGGAGGCCAACCUCAUCGUGGGCGAUCUCAGGGGCAAGCGAAUCGAGCGGGACACGAAGCAAGAAAGCGUGCAGAAUCUGAGGAAGAAUCUCAACGAGAUGAGCGAGUCCGACGCGGACCUGCAGCGCAUGCUGGACCAGUACGAACAGGACGUGCAGGAUUACGAGAGGCGGCUAGAGGGCGAGAAGCGGAAGUGGCACGACCUCAACCAGGAGGUCCAGGCUACUCGCGGUCAGAUCAGCGCCAAGGAGCGGGAAUGCGGUUCCUAUGAAGCUCAGAAAGACACCCAAGAGCGUCAAAAGCAGAACCGCGAGACUCUGGUGAAGGAGACGGCUCGUGCUCACAGUAUUCGUGGCUUUGAUCUUGAUAUUGAUGACAAGCAAGUUCAAAACCUCAUGGAUCGCAUAAGCAAGAUGGCCAAAGACCAGAACGCUGCGUUUGAGCGGGCGAGGCGGGAAACUUCGGAGGAACUGCAGCGAGCUCAGAAGGCGCUCAGCGAGAUCAACGAGCAGAAGUCGGCGCUGAACCAGCGGAAGGAGAACUCACGUCAGAUCAUCGCGGGCUACGAUAAGAAGACCGCAGGGCUUCGCAGCAACGCAAACAGCAUCAACGUGGAUGAAGGAGCAAUCGCCACCAUGAAGUCGAAUGAGGCGGACAUCGAAGCGAAGAUCAAGAGCGCCAGGGACGAGGUGAGCAACGCAGACUGGAAGAGCAGUAUUGAGAGCCUGGAAGAACAGCUUCGCAAGCUGGACGAUCGCAAGGAGAAGCUGGACGCUGAGCUCGUGGAUGCUACGCGGCAAGCAGGUGACUCCGCGCAGCUCGACUUCGUUCGCAAAGAGCUUAAAGCCAGGCAAGAGAGCUUGGCCACCAUGAAGGGCGCACAUGGCGACAAGAUCAGCAAGAUGAUCGGCGAGACCUGGACGCCUGGCACCGUUGAAUCGGAUUUCGAACAGCUCGUCAAGCAGAAAGCGGCCAACGUCACUGAUGCGGAACGCCAGCGAGAGGGCACGAACCGCGAAAUGAGUCAAAUCAAUUACAAGCUGAACAACUGCACGACGGAACUCAAGGCCAAGCGGAAGGAGCUCAAGGCUACUGAAGCUGCUAUCCGGAAUGCUGUUGAUUGUGAGCCAGCUGAGUAUCCUGAAGAGGUUGAGAAGAUGGAGAAGAGCAGGGAUUUCGUCAAGGCUGAUGCAGACUCAUACUCCAAGGUUCUUGAGUACUUUGACUCUUGCGUCAAGCUCGCCAAGGAUCAUAACGGUUGCAAGACUUGCUCUCGUGCGUUUGCGAAUUCCAAGGAGCUUGACAAGAUGCUCAAGACCAUGGAGACGCAGAGGAAGAAGUUUGAGGUCAGCGACGACCUCCAGCAAGACCUAGCCAGUGUCGAGAAGGACCUGCAAGCUGCAAGGGCGGUCAGCUCCGACUUCGACACCUGGGAGCGGCUGAAGCACAAGGAGAUUCCCGCGCUCGAGAAGGAGGAGCAGCAACUCAGCACGAAACGUGAGCGCCUCAUUGAGCAGCUUGAGGAACAAGAUGGGAUUGUCAGUGAGCGAGAAGCGGCGAAGAGGGAUGUUGAGGGCAUGAGCAAGACGGUGCAGACAAUUGCUAAAUACAGCAACGAAAUCGCUGCCUACGAGAGCCAGACUGAAGAGCUUGUUGCAAAGCAAAAGUCUGCUGGUCGCUCACGUGGGCUUGAGAUCAUCCAGGAAGACAGCAAGAAGGCCAACGAGGAGUCAAGAGCAGUCAAGACCCAUCUCUCCAAGACCACCGGUGAUCGAGACCGAUCGGAGAAGAACAUCAACUCCAUGGAGCUGGAGUUCAGAGACCUGAAGAGCAAGCGGAGCACUGCGGAGUACCAGCUGAAAGACAAACAGAAGCUCGACCAGCAGAUUGAGGAGUACAGGGCGCUUGGUGUGGAGCAGCGUGAAGCGAUCAAGUCGAUUGACCAAGAGCUUCAAGGUCUGGGACCGCAGCUAUCGCAAGCUCAAGCUAAGCACGAUGACAUUUCUCGCCGCGGUGCUGACAAGGAUCGCGAGCUGCAGGCGGAAUACAACAAGCUGAACAACAGCGUCAAUCAGCUCACGUCGGCGGACAAGGAGAUUCAGGCUUACAUCGACAGAGGCGGAGAUCGGAAUCUGGAGCAUGCUAAGCGUGAUGUUGAGAACUUCAAGAAGGAGCUGUCUCGUUUGGAGGCGGAGCAGAGUGAGGUUGUAAAGCGGAUCAAAGGUCUCGACGAACAGCUGCGGAACCACUCUGAGACAAAGCGUGGCAUCGAGGACAACCAGCGUUUUCGCCACGAUCUUCGCGCCCUCAAGGAUGUUAGUGCUGAGAUCGAAGAGCUGGAAAAGCACAACGCCGAAGAGGAUAAGGCGAUGUACGACCGCGAAGGCAGCAAAUGGCAGAUGAAGCGCUACCAACUUUCGGCCGAGCACGCCAGUCUGGUCGGCUCUCUCAAGUCCAAAGACCAGCAGCUGGAUGAGCUGAUCAAGGAGUUCGAGACGGACUACGAUGGCGCCGGCAGGAAGUACAAGGAAGCGCACAUCAAGUCGGAGACCACCAAGGCCUGCGUGGAGGACCUGGGCCGGUACAGCGGCGCGCUCGACAAGGCCAUCAUGAAGUACCACUCGCUCAAGAUGGAGCAGAUCAACACCAGCAUCGAGGAGCUGUGGCGCAAGACGUACCAGGGCACGGACGUCGACACCAUUAUGAUCAAGAGCGAGAACGAGAACGCGAAGAGCAACAAGAGCUACAACUACCGCGUCGUCAUGGUCAAGCAGGACACGGAGAUGGACAUGCGCGGCCGUUGCUCCGCUGGGCAGAAGGUGCUGGCGUCCAUCAUCAUCCGUCUGGCGCUGGCGGAGAGCUUUGGCACCAACUGCGGGCUCAUUGCGCUGGAUGAGCCGACGACGAAUCUGGAUCGCGAGAACAUUGAGGCGCUGGCGAGGAGUUUGGCGGAGAUUGUGAAGGAGCGGCGGAAGCAGAAGAACUUCCAGCUGAUCAUUAUCACGCAUGACGAGGAGUUCUUGAAGGCGAUGGAGUGUAGUGAUUUCGCGGACAACUACUGGAGGGUCAGCAGGAAUGAGAAGCAGAAGAGUGUGAUUGAGAAGCAAAGCAUUGCGGAGGUGAUGUGA